CAUUGUGUUGUCCCAUCUUGCACAAUGAGCGAGCUGCUGUCGAAGGAAAGGGAAUUUAUUGAAUUAAACGAACAACUAGACCUCAUAGCACGCUCCGUUUUGGACCAACAUAAUAGUAAUACGGCAAAUAAAAAAAAUAAAACAAGUAAUACAAAUAAAGGGCAAAUAUCACAGCGAUCAGAAAACAAAUCACCAUCAGAAAUGCCAACACAAGAGCAAUUCAAGCAAGUCAUGUCAUCGGGGCAAGCUAAUAGCUAUGGGAAGACCGCCGCGAAAACCGAUAAUCGUAUUGCUGUAUUAUCGAAAGGCAAGGGACAAAGUGCGCUUGUCAAAAAACGGUUAGGUACUGAGCGUAUUACUGAGGGUGUUGCAAGUGGGCAAGUAAAUCAUUCAGUACACAAGGGCCGUAUAAAUCGGACCAAUGCCAACGCACCAGUGACAUCUUUAUCACAGGCUCAGACAAGAAAAUCGACGUACAAGGGUAACGAAACCAGUCGUUCGGUAAUGUCGAAUUUUAAGCAGUCCGGUGGAGCAACACCGGCAACAGCAACGUUCACAGUUAAAUAUCGCAAUCCGAAAUUUGUGGAAAGUCCUUCAUUAGAAGUACUAGUCAAGGAGGAAUAUUCAGCUAUGCGUUGUGAAAAGCUGAAUAUGCGAAAUUCGACGGGUGCCACACCAGUUGCGAGUAAUACCUCGUUGCAAGGUCACGAGCACAGGUCCCAAUUAAGCACGAAUAGUGCUCGUCGUCAUGUCAGUACCGAAGGUCUAAUCAAGUUUUUAAAGUCAAAAAUAACUAUUUUGGAAGAGGAUCACGAUCGUAUCAACCAGGAGAUGGCCGAGCAAAAAGAACUUUUAGAAAAGGCUCUGGAACGUUCAAAGGUUAUGGAGCAGCAACGUGAUCAGGCAUUUAUGAAACAUAACGCUGUCGCCGACCAGUUGUCCAAAACUGAAUCGCAACUCGAAGAAGCCAAUCGUCGUCUAAAAGAACGUUCGACAGAACAAACAGCACAACAAAAAGAACUAGAGACGGUUAAGCGAGAUUUAAAGAUUGUCACACAAACCAAUAAAAAUUUAGAGAAACGUCUGCUCCGGGUUAACGAGGAGCUAGAAAGUGCACGCAGCACGUUGGGUGCUAUGAAAACUUCGGAACGUGAAUUAAAAGAUACAGCACGCACCGAAUCUGAAGCCAAAGAUAAACAAAUUAAAAGUUUGAAAAAACAGAGAGCCGAUCUAUUAAAUGCCUAUAAGAAGCAAUUAUUCCUCAUUGACAAUUUAAAACGCCAGAAUUUAUGCAUGGAACAGUCCAAAAUGAUAGCCUAUGGUGAGAAGGAAUUUUCUAAAGUCCUUGAUUGGAAAAUGCAUGAUUAG